CACGUAUUCAACCCUAUCUAGCCACCAGUUUAACUUCCUCAUUCAAAUCACUGUUUCCCCUUGGCAAUUUUUCCAACACUUUUACUCUUUCCUCUCCAAUUUUCACCAAGGAAAAGAUUUAAAAAAGAUGAUGAAUGUUUUGGCCAUUUCUCUAGUGCUAAUCACACUUGUCACAGCAGGUGUAUUUUCUCCAAACACAGAGAAUAAAGGAGAUGAUGUUAUAGUCAAAGAAGGUCAUAGAGUGGUAGUUGUUGAAUAUGAACCAAAUGAUGGACACACCAAAGUCUCUAUUUCUCCACAAGAAACUGAGAAAACAGGGUACGUUUCAGAUGUCAAAGACAAAUCAUCAGAGAAAGUAGAGGAUGUUAAAGACAAAAUCAAACACGUUACGUCCUCCUCUGGAGGUGGAGGAGAAGGAAAAGAAAAUGGUGAACUUCAUAGGUUUAAUGCUAAAGAACUUGUUUGUGAUGCUUUUGGAAAGUGCAAACAUAGGAUAGCAAGUGCACUUGAAGGGACAAAAGAGAAACUUUCUGAAAAGAUGCAUGAAAUAGAAGAAGAUGCUAAAGAGGGGUUUGAGAAAGUGAAAGAUACAGUAGUUGACAAAGCCCAUGAGGCUUCAGAAAAGGCAAGUGAAGUGAAAGAGAAGGCCAAAGAAUCUGUUGGCAAGAAAGUGGAUGAAGUGAAAGAAGGGGUUAAAGAGACUGCUGAGAAAGUGAGAAUAAAAGCAGUUGACACAACGGACACACUGAAACGCCAUGUGAAGAAGAAUGCUUCAGAAGAUCUUGAAGUGAUAGAAGCAAAGGCGAAAGAUGCUAAGGAUGCAGUGGAAGGCAAAAGGGACUAUCAAGUAAUUCGCAAGUUCUUUUCUCAUGUGUCAACAUACAUCUUUUCAGCCAAGCACUUUCGAUCUCUCAUGGGAUUGAUUCAUUUGUUGGGCUUUGCAUUGUCUUAUGGGGUGUGUGUUUGGGUGACAUUCGUAUCAAGUAAUAUAUUGGCAAGAGCUUUGCCAAAGCAGCAAUUUGCAAUGGUACAGAGCAAGAUUUACCCUGUUUACUUCAAGACUAUGUCUUAUGGCAUUGCUGCGGCGUUUCUUGGACAUUACUUGUGCCAGAGGCAACCAUAUUAUGCCAACCGGACGGAGACAAUCCAGGGUAUCAUAUUUGUGGCCACAUUCUCCAUGACUAUGUUCAAUUCUUUCUACUUGGAGCCUCGAGCCACUAAGGUGAUGAGGGAGAGAAUAAAGCUGGAGAAAGAGGAAGGGAAAGGGAAAGAUGCAUUUUCCGUAGAACCAAGCACUUCAAGUGUUGAUGCUUUCGAAGAUCCAACAGGAGCAGGAAUAGGCGCACAAACAACAACUGAGGAAACUCUUGAAACCAAACAAGAGUUGUCAGAGGAAGCACAGAGAGUGAAACCACAAGUUGAGAGAUUGAGUCAGAGACUAAAGAAGCUAAAUGUAACCUCGUCAGUGCUCAAUGGACUCUCACUAAUGGGUCUUACUUAUCACCUUGUCUACCUUAGCCAACUCCUGCAUUCCACCAGUUACUAACAACAAAGUCAUCCAUCUAGUAGUGUAAUUUUUUGCAUGUAAAACAAUAUAUAGUUCCGGUCUUUAAUUUUUUUUUUUGGGGUUUCCUUGCUCUUUGAGAAUUGAUUCUUGUACUUGAUUAUAGUAAUUUUAAUUUUAAUUCCAAGUCUUUCAA